GCGGCGAUAGGGGAGCUAUGGGUACGUCUUUCAGAGUAUAAAAAGCCCUCGCUGGGUCUGUGCUCCAUCAUCGAGUCCAGCGAAGAUGAGGCUCCUGGUCCUGUGUUCCCUGGUGGCGGCCGCCGCUGCGUGGCCAAACUUCGAUAUGAUGGCAGAUGCAUCGGGUGGAGCGUCCGACGCCCAGAAGCAGCAUGACGUCAACAGCGUCCUGUGGAAGGUGUACGAAGAAAUCCGUGACCCCCAACUGAAGGAGCUCUCCACUGUCUUCGACCCGCUCUCCGGCCAAUAUGACGACGACGGUGUGGCCAUUAAGCGGCUCAUGAAAGAGCUGAAUGACCACCGCUUGCUGCAGCAGAAGCACUGGUUCUCGCUCUUCAACACCCGCCAGCGCGAGGAGGCCCUCAUGCUCUACGAUGUCCUCGAACACGCUAGCGACUGGGCCACGUUCGCCGGCAACGCCGCCUACUUCCGUAUUCGCAUGAACGAGGGCGAGUUUGUGUAUGCCAUAUAUGCUGCCAUCACCCACUCCGAGCUGACUCACGACGUGGUGCUGCCGCCCCUGUAUGAGGUCACUCCUCACCUCUUCACCAACAACGAGGUCAUCCAGGAAGCUUACCAUGCCAAGAUGACCCAGACACCUUGCAAGAUCAAAUCCCACUUCACCGGCAGCAAGAGCAACCCUGAGCAGCGCGUGGCCUACUUCGGCGAGGACAUCGGCAUGAACACCCACCACGUCACCUGGCACUUGGAGUUCCCCUUCUGGUGGGACGACUCCCACGAGAACCACCACAUCGAGCGCAAGGGCGAGAACUUCUUCUGGGUCCACCAUCAGCUGACUGUCCGCUUCGACGCUGAGCGCCUGUCCAACCACCUUGACCCCGUCGAGGAGCUGCACUGGGACGAUGUCAUCCAUGAGGGCUUCGCUCCCCACACCAUGUACAAGUACGGCGGCUACUUCCCCUCUCGCCCAGACAAUGUGAAAUUUGAGGACGUGGACGGCGUGGCCCGCGUGCGAGACAUGCUGAUCCUGGAGAGCCGCAUCAGGGACGCCAUUGCUCACGGAUACUUCACCGGCAAAGACGGUUCCAUCAUCAGCAUCAAUGACGCUCAUGGCAUUGAUGUGCUGGGAGACGUCAUUGAGUCGUCCCUGUACAGCCCUAACCCCGGGUACUACGGCGCCCUGCACAACACUGCUCACGUGAUGCUCGGCCGCCAGGGUGAUCCUCACGGCAAGUUUGACCUUCCCCCUGGUGUCCUGGAGCACUUCGAGACCGCCACGCGCGACCCCGCCUUCUUCCGCCUCCACAAGUACAUGGAUAACAUUUUCAGAGAGCACAAGGACAGCCUCACUCCCUACACGAAGCAGGAGCUCGAGUUCCCCGGCGUCGCUGUCGACAGCAUUGCCGUCAGCAACCGCCUGGUGACCCACUUCGAAGACUUCGAGUACAACCUCAUCAACGCAGUUGACGACACACCCGAAAUCAAUGAUGUGCCUAUUUCUACUAUCGUACCCCGUCUCAACCACAAUGAUUUCACACUCGAUAUUGGCGUCACAAACAACAACGGCAAUGAAGUGUCUGCUACCGUGCGCAUCUUCGCCUGGCCCAAGUACGACAACAACGGUGUCUUGAUACCCUUCAACGAGGGCCGCUGGAACGCUAUUGAGUUGGACAAGUUCUGGACCAAACUGGCGCCUGGAGCCAACACCAUUACCCGCUCCAGCAAGGCCUCGGCGGUCACCGUUCCCGACAUCCCCAGCUUCAAGACUUUGAUUGAUAAGACCGAGGAGGCCUUGAGCUCAGGCGCAGCCCUUCACCUCGAGGACUUUGUCAGCGGCCUCGGACUGCCCAACAGAUUCCUGAUCCCCAAAGGCAACACUGAAGGCUUAACUUUCCACCUGGUGGUGUUCCUCUCUGACGGCGACCAGGACGCAGCGGUCGACGGCCUGCACGACAGCACCACCUUCAACCACUACGGCUGCGCCGACGGCAAGUACCCCGACAACCGCCCUCACGGCUACCCGUUGGACCGCCGCGUUGAUGACGAGCGGAUCUUUACCACCGCCACUAACUACAAAGACGUCGAUGUCACAGUGUUCCAUGUGGAGGAUCACUAAAGCCAGCAAGAUGUCAAAUCACCGGGUUGUUAAAGUUCCCGAUUUCAUGUACUAGUUCUUUUGAAAUAUAUAAAAAAUAAUAGCA